GUUGAGCGCCAAGUUUCACGGAUGUCGAAUCAGCAAAAUCAAAACAAUGCCCCAAAUUGUAAAAAAAGAUGUUUAGAACUGCCAGAACCCUCGGAGGGUCAAAGCCAUGCCAAGAGGCAGUGCAGCGAAAACCUUUUCUGGCCGGACAGCGACGACGACAGCAUUUUUUCCAAUGCAAAGUUGGAAGAUUUGCUUAGCGGACGAAAUACGGAGCUCUUUGGAACUCAGCCCCAGACAAGCAGCGCCAACAAGCUUCAACAGAGCGGAUCAGACGAUGGACUCUUCGGCGACACUUCGUUUCCAGCCACCGAGAAGCUACUUCCCACCCAGAAUCAAAAGGAGGCCAAUGACACAGGCGGCCAACACCAAAUCGACCUGUCAGAGGGUGAUCAGGAUUCGUUGUUUAAUAAAAUCAACCUAAACGAUCUUAGCAUAACGGAAAUGGAAGACAUUUUUCACGGCGCAGAGGAUUUCAGUGAGCCCCUCGUACAAAACACCCAGAUUUUCUUGGAUGCAGUGGCUUUCAAAGUUCCCAAAACGCCAGAGAAGAUUCCACCGGGCCCCAACGAUGAGUCGAUUAUGUCGAAGUCGAUUUUAGAAGGAAUAGUCCAAGGAACUCAAUACGAAACAUGUAAUGCACUGAGGAACAGAUCUAUUUUGGAUCCUUCCAUUUGGGAAUCGCAAGCCUUUGCAGAUUUUGAGAAGAAAAACCCACCGAAAGACACUUUUCCCAGCAAGGGUGAUUUCUACGGCCUGCCCGAUAAGGUUAAGAAGAUGAUUUUUGAGCACAAGGGCAUUAAGAAUCUGUAUGAAUGGCAGGACGAAUGCCUGAACCUACCUGCUAUAAAGCAGCGAAAGAAUCUCAUUUAUGCUUUACCUACGAGUGGUGGGAAGACCCUUGUGGCCGAGAUUCUUAUGCUACGCGAACUUCUGUGUCGCGAACGGAACGUUCUGUUUAUUUUGCCAUAUGUUUCAAUCGUCCAAGAGAAGGUAAGUGCCAUGUCUCCUUUUGCCAUCGACCUGGACUUUCUUGUGGAGGAAUAUACAGCGGGAAAAGGAAAAUGUCCACCCCAACCACGGCGCAAAAGGCGCAGCCUCUUUAUAGCUUCGAUAGAAAAAGGUGCAGUUUUAAUGGAUAGCCUAAUAGACGUGGAACGGCCCCAUGAAAUUGGUCUGGUAGUUGUUGAUGAACUGCAUUUGAUCGGAGAAAGGGGUAGGGGAGCAACCUUGGAAGCUUUUCUCACCAAGGUGAUGUUUUUGAAUGCCAACAUACAAAUUGUGGGGAUGAGUGCCACAAUUGGAAAUUUAAGCGAAAUAUCUUCCUUUCUGAAUGCGGAUGUCUACACAAGAGGCUUUCGACCUGUGGAACUGAAGGAGUAUAUAAAAUGUGGCCCUGAUUUGCUGGAAAUCAAUUCUGCUGGUCACACACUGGAGGAGAUCUUUGUUCCCAGUCGCAGCGUUGACUUUAAAUACAGCGAAGCUGUGAAACGCGCUGACCCCGACCAUUUGGCUGGCCUGGUUAGCGAAUGUGCUCCGGAAAACUGUUGUCUAGUAUUCUGCCCCACCAAGAAAAACUGUGAAAAUGUGGCUCUUCUCCUAAGUCGCAUAGUGCCGAAACAAAAGUUCUUUGAACAUCGCCGAAGCGAAAAAGUUGAUCUAAUGGAUGCCCUGGACAAGAUGUGUGGCAUUCUCAGCCCUGUGCUAGCCAAAACUCUACCCUAUGGCAUUGCCUAUCACCAUUCCGGCUUGACUACGGAUGAACGGAAGUAUAUAGAAACUGCCUAUCGUUUCGGAGUGGUCACUGUAAUCUGCUGCACCUCAACCUUGGCUGCUGGAGUGAAUCUUCCCGCUAAACGGGUCAUAAUUAGAGCUCCCUAUGUGGGCCAGGAAUUCAUGACGUUGUGCAAGUACAAGCAAAUGGUGGGAAGAGCUGGUCGUGCAGGAUUGGGGGAGGCGGGCGAAAGUAUUUUAAUUGCCCAAAGCAAGGAUAACUUGCAAGUCGGUCAAAUGCUAUUUUCGCCAAUGGACAAGGCCCUAAGCUCAAUGGAUCAGCAAGAAGCAGUGGGUUUACAGUCAUUGAUUCUCAGUGUGAUUGGUCUAAAUCUGGCGGAAUGUCGUCGGGAUUUGAAUCGUUUGGUGGACAGUACUCUGCUCGCUGUGCAGGCUGAUACCUUAAAUGUGGCCGUGGACAAGGUGGUACUCCUUAUUCUGCGUGAGAUGUUCAAGAAAAAAGUUCUUCAGCUAAGCGAACCCGAUUCCAAGUCAAAGAUUGAUUGCUCGGAGAUCAUAACCACCCAGGACGCGAACCAGAGCAAUCGUCCUGCUGGAGAACGACGCCUUCUCAUCGGCCAGUCUACGCGUUUCAAGCUAACCAAUAUUGGAAGAGCUGCCUUCAAGGCCGGCAUCGACUACAAAAAGGCCAAGGCCAUACACACGGAGCUGAAGCAGGCCCAGCAGCAGCUCAUCCUGACCAACUAUUCCCACCUGCUGUACCUGGUCGUAUGCUUCAAUUCAAAUGAAAAGGGAGACGAGCUGUUUCCGGCCAAUGCCAGCAUACUCUUUCGAGUUUAUACUUCGCUUCCAGUGGAGUCGCAGGCUCUGUUCAAGCAGCUGGGGUUCACAGAAGCGCAUGCAGCGAGGCUCUUGAAGACGCAAUCGGUGCAGGGUCCUCUAUCUGUUCAACUGAAUCGCCUCUAUAAGGUGCUGAUUUUGGAGGAUGUGUUGGAGCUGAUUCCGCUGCCCACUGUGUCAAAUAAGUACAACGUCGAGCGCGGAACCCUCCAGCAUCUGAUCAGCCAAUCUAUAGCAGCCUCUAGUGCAAUUGUCCGUCUCUGCGAGGAGAUGGAGCAGUUCUGGUGCUACAAGCCUUUAUUCGAGCGCAUUCUUCACAAGAUGGACCGAUGCGGCACAUACGAACUAGAGCCAUUGCUGGAACUGCCGGCUGUUAAAAUUAAUCGCGCCAAGCAAUUGUAUGCAGCCGGCUUCCGUACAAUCGAAGAUAUAGCCAGAAUACCAGCUAUGACCUUGGUGCAAUCCGUAGAGCACAUGCCUCUCAGAGUAGCUACCGAGAUUGUAUCUGCAGCUAAGAUCAUUCUUAUGAAAAAAUUAGAUCACCUGGAAGAGGAAACGGAAAACCUUAAGGUUUGCCUGCAAACCUCCAGUAGAAACUAGCCGAAAAUACCACCUAUUAGAAAGUCAAUUAGAUUUUAUAUUUAUUUGAGUUUUUAUUUUGAUUGUUAUGCACUCCGACUUAAGUCUUGGAUCCUGGCUCUCCACAACGGACGCGAUCUCCGACAAAGCUUAAAUAUUACGGACAAUUUUUAUAAAAAUUGCAAUUUUAAAUUAAAUUUUUU